AUGACUUCAACGAAAUCAGACUUCUCCGGUGAAGACGAUGAAGCCAACGGCGAAAACGUCCGACCGAUCGGGAACCGAUUGUCGGAGUUAAGAGACGAGCUCGACUCUUUGAAAGAGUUGCUCGACGAGGAAACCAAAAUGAGAUUAGACGCGGAAGAGAUGGUGGAGCAGUUACAAAUGGAGUUACAAAAGACAGAGGAAGAGCUCAAAGAAACCAUAGAAGCGGAGGAGAAGACGUAUAAGAAAGCGGUGGAGUUUAAAGAAAAAGUACAAGAGAUGGACGCUUUGAGAAAAGAGUUGGACGAAGCCAAUGAGAAACUGAAAAGGAACGAAACAAGAAUCGAAUUGCUUCUGAAACAAAUACAAGAGACGGAAAAAAGAGACAUGAAGAAAAUGUUAGAAAAGGAACAACACGUGGAAGAGUUCAAAGCGGACAUUAACAAAGUGCACGAAGAAGACUUGCUCGAACUGAAAGAGAAAUAUUUGAGCGAGUUGAAUAGAAUCGAAACCGAACGCGAGGAAACGUUCGAGUUGAUGAAACAAACGUUAACGGAAGAAAUCGAAACGACGACGGAGAAAUUGACGGAGGAAAUCGAGUUUUAUAGAGAUCGCGCGAAUCGAAUGAAGUUAGAACACGAAUUUGAAAUCGAACAGUUGAAAGAGAUGCACGCCAUCGAGUCGUACGAGGCGGCGGAGAAAAAUUACACGAGAGAACGCGAGGUGAUAUUCUUAGUGGAGAAGACAUCCGAACGGUACGAGGAAACUUUAGAUCACGUGCGCGAGUUGCGCAGACUGAUUGACAAGGCUGCGGUGCAUUACCCUGGCGUAGAAACGAUUUUUGAAAACGAGUUCCACACGUUUCGACCGGAUACUUCCGGGAAAUUGGAAACGGCGACAGUCGCCUUGAAAUUAUCGGCGACGCCGCCGGUGAAACCAACGGUAGUAGCCAGUAAAAACGGGACGAGUCCGAGAGCUGCAACAGUAGCAACGACACCGACGAAGGUGACUCCUUCGUCCACUACUCCACCCACUGCAGUCGCAGAAGAAGAACCUGCGUCGAGCGUAUCGUUCUUCGAUUUCCCAUCUUUUAGCUUACCCAGAUUCUUGUUUUAA